GCGAAGGUCAACGAGGACAACGUGAUGCACACCCCGGUGAUGUGGGCGACGCACGGAUGCGCGAUCUACCGAUGCUCCGCGGAGCAGCUUCGCCACGAGCUGCCAGGCGAGGCCCGCGAGCGUGAAGGACGCAGCGAGGACCCCGACGGCCCGCUCAGCACGAUCGAGAAGCUCAGGCGCGUGCUCAGGCGGACAAAGGGGACCUGCAACUACCGCGACCUCGCCGACACCCUGGACGACGUGGGCGAGCAGCAUCAGCCCAGCGCCCAGGCACUCAUGCAAACGGACGAGAUCGACGGACCGACAGGAGCGGCUGCCGCGGCGGCUCCUGGAGAUCCUCAGCCGGCGACGCCUGGCGAGGAUGAGGGCGACGGGCCAGCAGCGGCCAGUGCCGGCGCGUCUGGCAGCGCUGAGCAGGAGCCUAGCAGAUUCCACAUCGAGGCGAUGGCUAAGAGGAGUGUUGGGGAGGCUGAGAAUCUGGACGGCAUCCCGCUGGUCAAGCGCACCCGCCUGUCGCGGGCAAAGCUUGCUCCGCAGAGCGAGGAGGCUGCGCUCGCCGAUGAAGUGGGCGACGAGAUGUCGCUGCUGGAGGAGUCCACCGAGACGGUCCACAUGCUGGCCUUCAACAGGAAAGAGAAGGACCAGUUCUACGCGGCGAAGCUGGGGGCCCUCGAGGUGUUCAAUCGCAACGACGACUGGGGGCCCAUCGACGAGGCGGAUGUGGAUCCCGCGUGGGGGAUGAAGGGCGGGCAGAAGGUGGCCAGCGCGCGCGUGCUCUACAAGGGGUUCAAGCACCGCGACGUCGCCGAGGGUCAGCUCGACAAGGAGGCGCCGCCCCUCAGCGGGCUUGGCCGACGCGCGGUCAUUCUCUGGGCGUCUCUGAGGAAGUGGAGACUGUUCACCGCGGAUGUGAAAUCCGCCUUCCUGCAGGCUGAGGACGCGAGCGUGCGCGGCCUCAAGCUGCGCGCGAGCCUUACGAAGGAGAUGAGAGAGAUGCUCUCACACCAGAUCGGCCCGCAACCUGGACAACUGCUCAAGAUGAUCAAGCCGUGCUUUGGUGACCCGCGGUCGCCCAAGCUCUGGCACUACCGCUCCGACGAAGUCACGAGGGAGGUUGGGCUCAGGAACUGCGAGCUCAAGGAUUGCCUGCUGCUGUUCCAGCACCCGGCGAAGGUCGAGGACGACCCGUUCGACGCGCGCAGCUUCGAGGGCCAGACCUACGUGCUAGACGGCCUGAUCGGCGAGCACGUGGGCGACUUCAUCGGUUGCGGCGAGGGCGUGACGAACGAGCAGGACCUCUACGCGAACGAGAAGUUCAAGUCCGGCAAGUGGGAGUUCGGGCCGAGUCUGAUCUUGGCUGGAGGCGAAGUGGAACAGUCCCUGAGCACCUACAGCGUGACCCUCAACUUCGAGAAGUACCUGCACGUGGUGAAACCCAUCACCGUCGAUAAGCACUGGGGGGCGGAUCCCACGAGUGCGUUGUCGCCGAAGGAGCUUGCGAACUUCAGGGCCCUGAAUGGCCAGUUGCAGUGGCCGGCAACCCAAAGAAUGAUCAUAACAACGGCUACAGUGUCUUUCAGAAUUUCGGCGACAGGACGAGCUACCGUGCAGGACGUGCUGGGCGCGAACAAAGAUCUGCGCUUUCUGAAGGCCAACGGGGACGUAGGGCUGUACUUCGGGUUCGACAAGGCCUGGAGCGACCUGCGAGUUGGCAGCUACACUGACGCGAGCUGGGCGAGCCGACAUGACGGCAAUUCGCAAGGAGGUUACGCGAUCUUCAUCGGACCCGUAGACGAGCUCAACGCCGGAACCCCGACGCCUUUCGUGGCUAUGGAGUGGGCCUCGAAGAAACUGCAGCGUCUGUGCAGGAGCUCGCUGUCGGCGGAGGUCCAGGCGGCAGCUUUGGGCGCGGACUCGCUGAUGUGGGUGAAGGUCUACCUGGCGUGGAGCUUGCGACCCGACCUGGAGCUCGAAGAAGCGAUUUGUGUACCUUGGAGGUGCCUCUACGACGCGUCGCACUCGGCGAAGGCAGGCCUCGGCAUCGAGGGAGAAGAGGACGGCCAUCGAGGUGAAGAUCAUGAACGAGCAGAUGACGGAGAAUGA